AUGUCUGAUAAUGAGUCCCAGAGGACUAAGAAGCAGUUCAAAUCCCAAUCGGUUAAUAACUUGUUCAGGCAGCAGGUCACCAAUUCAAGUUCAUCAGAUGGGAAUAACCACGAACAUCCUUUAUUGAUAAAGAAGAAAUCUACAGGUUCUGCUACGAAAUUGAAGUUGGUAUCGAAGAAAUCAAAUACUGUGAAUCGAACGAAGUUGGAGAAGAAAAAAGCUGUAUCCAAAGAGACAUCACCGCCUGUUUGGAGUAAAUCUCAAUCCCCAGAAGUUAAGGAAACAAAUCAAGAUAAUGAAAUGAAUAAGGAAAAUGAACCAGAAGUUGAGCAAAAAGAAGAAAAACCAGUUGAACAGACAAUAAAAUCACAAACUCCCGAAGCUACUGUUGUCCAGGAACCUGUUGAUAAUUUUAACUGGGCAGAUGAGGAUGAAGAUAACAUAUGGCUUGAUUUACAAAACCAAAUACACAAUGAGACAAAACCACCAACGAGAAAUGAACAAACGUUAUGGUCAUCCCCUAGCUCAAAAAUUUCAAGUUUCAGGAAAAGUACAACUCCCACUAUUUCUUCGUUGAAUCAAUCGCCAUUGGUAAGCUCUAGUAACGAUAUUUUCAAUGAGCCUAAUGAUUUAUUUACUUUACAAUCAAGACAAGUUUCCAAUGAUUCAAGAUACAAUUCACAUCCACCAACUCCAAACUAUGUUGAUGAAAACUUAUGGAAUCAAAAUUAUAACCUUUGGAAUUCUGAUGAUCGUCAAUUAUCCACCAAAAGUGAUUCUACGUUGUUAUGGUCACCAUUUAAUAAUAAAAGAAAAGAUCUUGACGAUCCAUUAAAGUCACUUGGUUUGGAUUCACAAGCUAGGCAAACAACCUCCAGGUUUUUCCCAUCACCUCAAAUUGAACAAGAAAAUGCAUUUGGAGUUCAAACUAAAAAUAUUCCAACUUUGGCAAGAAGAACGCCCGAGAAGAAACCAAGUAUAUCAAGGUCAAAAAGCAUUGAUGAUAGCAUAAAUGAUAUAAUCAAAUUAAUAAGUCCAGAGAAAAAAUAUUCUGAUCAUUUGGAAACAUCAACCUUACAAACAGAACAGGAGUUAUUUCCUGAACAUUUCAAUGUAAAUAAUAACACAGCAAUUCCUGUUUCAUUUCCAGGGUCAUAUACAACACAGCAAGAAGUACAUCAACAACAACCAAGACCACAACCACAAGAACAAUACUAUCCUGAAGGGUUUGCAUCAACAUUCUAUAAAAGAGGAAUCAACAAUUUCAUGUUUGUAAGAGAAUUACAACCUAAACUGAUCACUUCUAAAUCCAAAGAUACAGUUGAGGUGAGAAUAUCACUGCCUUCUAUCAAUACCAAUAUACAAUCUGAGGAAGACAUUUUUUUCAAGAUGAGAUGCUAUAUCAUUAAUGUUGGUUUACGAGAACUGAAUGGGAAGAACAGUGGUUAUAAAUUGUCACAAAAGAGUAAUAACAUUAACGCCAAUAAUGGCAAUUAUGGAAGACCUAGAUAUGGCAAUGCCACAUUCACUAGAAAACAAGGAUACACAAGAAGGUGA